AUGACCGAGCCGGAACGCCGCCGCCGACGGCCAGCCGUUUCCUGCACUCUCUGCCGCCGCCGGAAGAUCCGGUGCAACCGGGAAAGCCCGUGCAACAACUGCCUGCGGUCCAAGAAUGAGUUCUGCACCUACGAGUCCUUUGCCUCCCCGGGGUCGAGUCAACGUGCGAGGACUGGGCCCGGCGUGGGUGCUACGCCGCUGCGGCCGGCAGAGCCACGGGGCCCACUGGAGCCGCCAAGCCCCGUCUCCUUGGACGAUUCUUCGGCCUCGUGCAAGUCCUCCACUAUCCAGGCACUGCCGUCGAGGUCGCUCAAGGACCUUACCACUCUCAAUCCUAUUCUCCCGCCCCAAGCAGAUAAGGGGCCCGAGAUUGCGCAGCUCAAGCACCGGAUCGACCAGCUUGAGCAAAGUCUCUCCCUCACCAAAAGAACCCGAUCAAGGCAUUCCUUUGGGUCCGCGGACAUCAAUACGUCCCGAAGUGUCAUGCACAAGAGCCGUCUAUUCGGUCGAAGCCAUUGGGUCAAUGGGGUCGUCAUGUGGUUUCGGGACAUUUUCGAAAUGAUUGAACCGCUGGGCCUCUCGGAAGGCUCAAAGGCGUUUAUUACCAUGCGCAAGUGCAAAUCGCUGGCGAGGGUUAUCAAGGCUCGCCGGGUUCCCGCCUGGCCGACUGCGCCGACGCCAGACCUUCCACCCAAAGAACUAGCCGACGCCCUUGUCGAGAGGUACCUAAGCACUAUGGAAACAGUAUUCCGCGUUCUGCACGUCCCGACUUUCAAGAGAGACUACGCCGCCGUGUGGGCACCAGAUGCGAAACCCGAUCCGGCGUUCCUCGUCCAGCUCAAGCUCGUGCUCGCCAUCGGUGCCGCCUCUCACGAUAGGGUCUUUUCUCUUCGGGUGCCCGCCGUGCGCUGGGUAUACGAGGGCCACACGUGGCUGUCCACGCCCGAGUUCAAGAGACGACUCACCGUACAGUCCCUGCAAACCAAUAUCCUCCUCAUUCUCGCCCGCGAGUUCGUCGGCAUCGACGAAGGCUCCCUCUGGAUCUCCUUCGGCUCGCUCUUUCGGGCCGCCACCUACAUGGGACUGCACAGAGACCCCGUCUAUCUUCCCAAGCGCUCGCUGUUCGCCUCGGAGAUGCGGCGACGGCUGUGGAACACCAUCCUUGAGCUCGCUGUCUGGACGAGCCUCAGCUCGGGCGGGUCACCUUUCCUAUCUCUCGACGAUUUCGACACCAGAGCGCCGGGUAACUACGACGAUGACCAGCUCACGCUCGAGGACGCCACACCGCAGCCCGCCGAUCACUUUACUCAGUCCUCGGUGGCUAUUGCCCUACGGGAGACAUUCCCCGCCCGGCUCGCCGUGUUGAAAUUCCUCAACGAGCUAAGCUCCGCCGGCGAGUACGACGAGGCGCUACGCCUAGACGCAAAGCUUCGGGCGGCCUACAAGACGAUGGGCCACUCUCUACGGGCUCAGAAUACAGACCAGGGCAGCAGCGAGACGCCUCGCUUCGCCCUUCGCGUGGCCGACAUCCUCAUGAACCGAUACUUUGCCUCCCUUCACGCGGCCUCCGGGCCCGCCGGGGACGAGGCGGUCCCGUACGACAUGGACGACAGCCUCACGAGGCUCACCAUGUGCGCCUCGGGACCUUUCCGCAUCGCUGCGACGUACUCGAGCCUAAUGAUCGCCGCCGAGCUGAAGCUACAGCGCCGCGAGGACGACAGCGUCAGCUCCGCGCCGCCGCGGCCCGACCUCCUGGCCGUCGUAAAAACUCUCUGA